AUGGCGUUUCCCCUGUACCCACAACAAGGAAUCCCGCGAAACAUGAACUCGCUCAACACGCUUCUGGGGUCGGUGCCUCAACUCCAUCAACAGUAUAGGAGUCAUCUCCCGCAGCAGCUUCAGACGGGACCAAACGCUUCAGAAACACAGCAGCAGGGCACAAAUGGACAGAAUGCAAAUGCGGUGACUCUGACAGCAGAAACUCAGGAUGGAGGACCAAAAAACGGGAAAAACACGGAUCCACAGUUGGACGAUGAGAAGCUCAGAAAAAGCGAGCGGAAGAACAGACCAGGACAGAAGUUUGGCGCCAAGAAGAAACUGUGGGUGUGGACGUGGUUUGUUCAAGACCUGAGAGACCCGAAUGUCGCCGUUUGUGAUUAUUGCGGUAAGAUUAUCACCAGACAGCCUUCAGAUAAGGGGCUGCCCAAGAAGCUCAGUGAGCACUUGAAAACACAUAAGCUUUCACGAGACCUGAUCAAUACGACGAGACCGGUUCCUGUGGAUGGCAAUGGCAUCACGUAUAGUCCUGGAGGGCUUCUGAUGCCCAACUACAAAAACGCAUAUAACACUCCUAGUGGAGGCAAUGGUACCAGCGGGAGCUCUUCGGGCAAUAGCGGUGCUGGCACCACUGCAAUGGGGAAUCCACAACUCAAUAACAUGUUGCAGCAAUCGUUACAGCAGAACCCUACGAUGGCUCAAAACCACCCCGAGAGUGAAGAAAUGCAUCAACAAAAACCUGCAAAAUACAGAAGAACUGCCAAUAUGAUGAACGGCGUUCAAGGAGGCGUGGGUAGUGUGUCUGUUGGCGGCAAUGGCAGUUCAUCAAGAAUCAACUCAAUUGGUGGUGUUAACAGUGUUAGUAGUGUCGAUGACAGAUUGCAGUUACACCCACUGAACAACCACCGCCGAAAUGCUACUCAGCAGUCUUCGCUAAAUAGUCCAGCAGGAGCCCAGUACGGCGGAAGAAGGUUUAUCUCGCCAAAUUUCGACAACACUCCAUAUUCAGUUCAAAAGUUUCAUAGACACCUCCUUGCAUUUCUCACAGAAAACAAAUUGUCCGUCAGGUUGCUCAAGCUGCAUUCUUUCCAACAGCUCAUCUACGACUUGCGGCCCGACUCGAUCACCGAUCUCCUGGAGCUUACAGACUUGUAUUCUUCCAUAAUGGAGGUGUCUCGUGUGGACACCGACCCAAGUGCUCAGGAUGGCCAUCAAACGUCCUUAGCAGAGAGCAGUGUUGUGAAUACAUUGGCUCAAAAUCUCAGCAGGGGAGACUAG